AUGGAUUCCUUGGAUCAGAUAGUUGCUCAAUUUAUGAAGCCUAGCGGUCCCAACCAUCCGCCCUUGCAAGGACCUAUUACCCUGGGCGCGGUGAACAAAGAUGGCACAUUCGAGUACGUGAAAUCAUUUGACUGUGCCAAUGACAAGAAUAUCGAGCAGCCUUCGGGUAAUCCGAUCUAUCACAUCGCGUCAUGCACCAAACUUAUAACGACAAUUGCAGUCCUGCAAUGUGUCGAAAAGGGCAUCUUGGCUUUGGACAACGACAUUUCCAAAGUCCUUAGAGAAUUCCAAAAUCCCAAGGUUUUAGUCCGAUUUGACAAGGACGGAGACCCUGUCUUGGAGGAUAGCAAAGGAGUCGUAACCCUUCGCCACCUACUAACACACUCGAGCGGAAUGGCAUACGGAUUUGAAAGUAUGCACCCCGAUCUGGCUCGGCUCCAGAAACUGAGAAACCGCAAAACACUUGAGGGCGGAACAGUUGCGGAAUCUUUCGAACCCAUUCUUAUACGCCAUCCAGGAGAGCAAUGGGAGUACUCCCCUGGUAUUGAUUGGGCUGGAAAAAUGGUGGAACGGGUCAACGGUGACAUGAAACUAGGUGAUUAUAUGCAAUACCACAUCUUCGAUCCACUCGGCAUCAACGACAUCACUUUCGUUUCCGACCGCCGAGACAUACAAGACAGACUAGUUCAAUGCUGGGAGCGCUCAGAAACUGAAGGCUUGAAGAAGGUCCGGUUGAGCAAGCGGCCCUACCCUGCUAAAGAACACUUUGGUGGUGGAGGACUGUUUGCAAGCGCCACCGAUUUGCUGAAAAUAUACGGAGCUAUCUUGCGAAAGGAUGACAAAAUUUUGGGUGAAGAGAUGGUCGAUUUAAUGUUCAAGCCACAACUGCAACAUACAGUUGGACUUGACAAUUUAUCAGACAGCCAUCCAUCCUACAGGAACAGUAUCUUGAAUUCGGUCCCAUCCUCGACACCAAUCAACUUUGGACUCGGAGGUCUGCUCAAUUUGCAAUCCGUGGUAGGAAAACGAGGUUCGCAUUCGCUGACGUGGUCGGGCAUGGCAAACUGUUAUUGGUGGAUAGAUCCUCAGAACGGCAUCGCCGGAGUGUAUCUCUCACAAUUGAUUCCCUCCGGUGAGCCGGACGCAAUUGCACUUCUGUCAAAGUUUGAGGAGAUCGUUUAUUCAUCUGUCGCUAGUAAAUAG